AUGAGCCGGUCAUUAUGCGCAAAAUGUAUUUCAAACUGCGCAUAAAAAAAGAAAAAAGAAAAAAGCUUUUUACAUUUGAACAAUUCUUUUACACUUUUCAUACAAGCAAAGCAUCUUUCUCAAACAACUUCUCUUUAUUUAAGAUACAUUUCCCAAAACAGAAGUUUUCAUUCUAAACGGCUUUUUAUCUUUGGCGUUUGCAUUUUACAAGACAAAAGCUCCUUUCUAAAUAUCAAUCCUACACGUCCUCGUAUAUAAUUUUUUGGACGUAACCACAUUUCAUUUCAAGUACUGUUAUAAACCAAACUCUCGUCUAAUAAUAUUGCUACGGUAUAACAUAUCCAUACCAUGAGAGCACAACUUUGGUUUGCGAUAUUUAUGCUCACAUUCGCAGUCCAUGUUCAAGCCUCUGGAUUUGCAAAUUUUCCCCAGAAAUACUCAUCUACCAGAAUCAAAGAGAUCAACAAUGUUGAUUACCCACACAGUGCACAUCGUAAAAAUUCAGCGGCAUAUAACUUAACUCUCGUGCCUCGCUUCUUUGAGUACUUGUCUUAUCUCAAGCGAAAGGCUGAGGAAGCCAGUGUAGAAUACAAUAAUAACGAACACUCGCGCCCCUCUACUCUAUAUACUGUUGAAGAUAUUAUAUUUACUGUAACUUCCCGUUUGCCUUCCUUCGUUUUCCCUUCUUGCAUUUGGAAGCAAGAUUCUACUACGCGCAGAAGGGAAAUCAACAAGAUUUUCCGCAAAGCUCCUAUUUCCAUACGGCCUCACUUACUCGACGUAAAGCAAGAAACCCAUGCCUGGACAAAGGAUAGCGCUUCAAAAAUCAACAAGCAAUACUUGUCCGCUACUCUGAAAUCUCUUGAUGCCCUACGUAUUCAAUUGGAGGACAUACUGAAUCAAACACAUGCUAUAAAACCUCUUGACAAGUCCGUUGAUAAUGGUUAUAUGCCCCAAACCCAGGAAAGACUCUCUCACUAUAAUGUGGUCAAAAAAAUUGAACAUGAAGUUGCACAAUUAUUGAAGGAUAGCCAUCGUAAAUAUGCUCAAACUAUCAAGUCUAUCAACAAUGAUUUCAACGACCUAGCCAUAAUUUCAGGAAAGCUUCGUCGCCCACUAGAAAGUAUCCGCCAUGAUACACUUCUGAACACUGACUUAGCAAAAUCCGCUCUAGAUGAUGUCCUGCGCCAAGGCUUGCAUCAUCUUCCUCAAGCCCUUUCUACCAAAUUAGCACACUACAGGGAGCAUGGAAAUGAAUACAUCAGCGAAAGUCUUCGUGAAAUCGUCGAUGACAUCUGCCGACAACUGCAACUGCACGUUAAAUCUGCAAGCCCAACAUUUACAAAGAUUUGGGACAAAGCUAGCAUUGAAAUACAUCAAAACCCUGUCAAUUAUGAAUUCUGGUUUGAUACUCUUAGUGAAAUCAGAAGCGCUUUUCAAGAGUUAGGAACAACUGUUCUACGAACACAAAAGCGGACGCUGCGUUCACUUAUAAAGUCGUAUUGUACUUGUGGUCUCUAACGUUUUUCAUCCCUCCUUCCAAUCGUCUAAAAUCUUCCUUUCCAAUACUCAUAUAUUUUAAAGUAUCAUGUAGGAAUACUAUUUGAAGAAAACACCGUUAUUAUUUAAAGAAACACUCGGUGCGCAUUGUACUUUCAUUCCAUUUCCAUAUUUGCCAUAUGGAAGUAAACUUUAACAAUUCAGAAAAGGGGGAACAAUAAAUGACGUGAAGGUCUAUAUAAACAUAUUUUUUGCGAUAAAAACAGUAACAGUUAAACGUUAGUGUCUAACUUUUCAUAAAACUGAUCAUUAAUUGAGUUGAA